GACCACAGCAAGGUACAUUACCUCUCCUCGCACACUGUAUGGACAGAAAACAACUGUGGUCGGCGGCAGGACGAGGUAGCCAAAAAUUAUACGGAGUGUAUUUCCUAUGAACACGUGAUUCAGAGCGUCACCCAACAUCCUAAACCCUUUCAUCUAAAUUUUGGAGAAGGGCGGGGGUUGGACGGUGAAUGUAUAGAGAGACACGCUCUAACGAAGCGAAAGUGUUGGACACGAACCACGGUCGGUCAUAAUCUUGAUGUCUGCCUGUUGAAAACUGAAGAGUGUAUUUGAGAAUUUGCCAAAGAUGUGGCUUAAUAAUUUUGACGUCCUUUCCUAUCAGAAAAGGUCUUACCUGCCACAUAAUGAAAGCAGUCUAGCCUAAUGAAUAGGCUACAUAAUAAUUAGGUAACUCUGUUUUGCCAAUUUAACGUGUGUUAAGGCGCCUCGUCUGUCGAACCACAGGAACGUUGAGAGUGAGAUUGUCCCUGAAUAUCAAAAAGGCCUGCUAGCGUAAUGAAUAGUGCGCGUAAAGGGGUGGAUAGCUCAUGCCACAAAUAUGUCGCACCGACGCGCCAUAUCCUAUUUCUAUUUACAUUUUCCAGCUUUACUGACUCAAGAUUCAUCGAGGGACAAUCCAUCUGAGGUCAUAGCUAGCUAGCUUCACUGGUCCAUUAAACAAAUAAGGUAUACCAAAGACUAGGCUCUUACUCCUUGGUUGGUUAUACAGUACGUGUGCGUAAAAAUAAGGCACCAUUAUGUGGCAAUAUGGGGACAUUGACUCCAUCAUUUGCAUUGCCAGAUGAUAAUUAUUAUUUUGAUUGCCAACAACAUGUUUAAUCUUUUGAAUUCAAUUCAGGAAUACAUAGACCUUAUCAAUCACUUUAAAUCAUGCUGGGCUGGUAUUAUUUUUAAAUAUUAGGAAUCAAUGUCAUGAUAAAUUAGCCAAUUAGACGUGUUAUUUUAUCAUAUGAUAUAGCUUACUUCAGACCAGGCCUAUACCCAAAGGCCUACCGUGAACCUUCAUCGUGUCUGUAAAAAUGUACAUGGUCUUACUCCUUGGUUAUAGACUUGUGGUAAAAACAGAAGGUUCCAAUAUGUGGCAUUGGGACAUUGCGUCCAUCAUUUUAAUUGCAAGGUUAAUUAUUCAUUUUAUUGCCAACUACGCUGUUUAAACGUUUGAAUUAUUAGGCAUAAACUACACAUACAUGAUCAAAUCAAAAUCAAAUCAAAUGUAUUUAUAUAGCCCUUCGUACAUCAGCUGAUAUCUCAAAGUGCUGUACAGAAACCCAGCCUAAAACCCCAAACAGCAAGCAAUGCAGGUGUAGAAGCACAUGAUCUAUACCAUGAUACCACAACUAACGUAACUUGAUAACACACAUGAUUAAUGAUUACGUGGUCUCCUUUUUAAAUAUUAGGGACAUAAAUGUCGCCAGUCAGAUAAUUAGGCGUGUGCUUAGUUUUAUAAUCAUAUGAUAUAGCCUACUCCUUCCGUGAUUUUUCGUUGUGUCAAAAUGUACAGUCGUUCUACAGUAGGCAAUUCCGGGCAUUUGAGGUCGUGACUUGAGAGUGGAUACUGGAUAGGGUUUGUUUGCCUCCAAAUUCAAACUGCUGGCCAAUGAGCGAGCGCUUAUAGCGGAGUGACACGUGUAUAGCGCAAGCUUGUCUACACGAUUCUGGUUCCUAACUUUCGAGUAGCCAAUACUGACUACGGAUGGGCUGGAACUGAGUAAAUUGCAAAAUACAAAUUUGCUUCUUCUGGCUAGGCUACAUUAUAUCACGAGGGACACUGAAUUGAAUGGUUACUGUCUAUUCUAAAUAGUUCACUUAACGUUAUGGCUCUAUCGCAAUGUUUGGAAGAUUCACCUGUAAGGUGGCCGUCAAGAAGACAGGAAAGUGAUUUGAAUGUAAAGGAGUUAUACAACGAAAGGCACCGACUGGCGUUAGAGGAACUUAUUUCAGGUGGAGUUGAUUCGUUUUUGGGAUUUCUAAGAAAAGAGAGAAUACCGAACUUUCUCUCGGAUGACGAGAUCAGACGCAUUGGCGGUGCUGCGGUGGUUCCACGCGGUGUGUCCCUCCACGCGGAGGACGUGAUUUUUGAACAGUCGGUAAGCAGCUCCAUGGACUGCUCCUCGGUCACUUACUUCCCCGAGGUCUCGGACGUGGAGCCACCGCUGUUGGAAAUCGGCUGGCCCGCCUUUACAUCGGGCUCUUACCGAGGAGUCACUCGUGCUGUCGCCCACUUCCAACCCAGUUAUGGAGAAUGCAUCUAUAGUUGCAAGGAAGCUGCGAGAAGAAUGAUUCAAAGUGCCAAGGAGGUGAUCGCCAUAGUGACAGACUCUCUGACAGACCUGGACAUCUUUAAGGAUCUCCAGGAGGCGUGCACACAGCGCAGAGUUCCAGUCUACAUCCUGCUGGACUGGUCCUGUGUGCCGGCAUUCCUCAAAAUGUGCAACAACAUCAAUGUGCGCCUGGACGAUCUUAAGCAAAUGCGAGUGCGGACCAUAACUGGUGGUACAUACUUCAUGAGGUCAGGGGCCAAGAUUACUGGGAAGGUUCAUGAACGGUUCAUGUUGAUUGAUGGGAACAGAGUGACUACAGGCUCCUACAGGUUCAAUUGGACUGAUGGGAAACUAAACAGCAGCAACAUGAUCGAGUUGUCUGGCCAGAUCACUGAGAACUUUGAUGAGGAGUUCCGGAUUCUGUACGCUCAGUCCAUGCCUGUUAUUACCAGGGGCCCAGCCAGUGCCCGAAACAGUGGCAUCUACGACCACCUUCUCAUCAAACACCCCGUCACCUCAUCCCCUCAGCCAGGCAAGGAGAGGCCCCCAGUCAAGCCUGUCUGUCUGGAAGUAUUGGGGAAAACUGUCUGUCUGACCAGCACACCCAGCCGGGCCCAGGCUGUGGCAGUGCCACCCUCCAGAGAAAUGACUGGGAAGAGCAGCCCGGUGUCGGCCUCCUCCACCAUAGGGGAAGACUGGAUGGAGCAGCGACACAUGCAGGAGGUCCUGGCUGGAAGUGCCGCCCAGUGCCUGCCCACAGGUGACCCUGCCACUGCCACAUCAGCAGUGGAUGUGCAGGUCACACCCUCCGUCCCUACCUGCUGUCAUGUCUCCACCCAGACCAGCUGCCCUGCGGUGGACCUUGGAGUGCAGACUGAUCUGACUCAGUACACUAAGCGCCUCUCCCCCAACAAGGCUACAUUUACUCCCAUUACCAGCACCACGACUCAGACCAACAACAUUCAGAGUGAAGCUGCCGCCUCCUCAGAUUCUGUCUCUACCUCCCCCAGGCAGCACCUUGCCCCCCAUGGGGUGGACCGUCGCCCUGCAAUCCGUCACUGUACUGCACCCCCUGAUGGGAACCUGAGGGAGUGCUUCCGCAAGCUGACCAAAGAGCGUCAGUAUCACUACUCCACCAUCCGCUCCAAGCUGGAGCACAUGGUGACCAUGCUGUCCCACCGCCGUGAGCUGGUGGACCUCACCAACAUGGCCCUGGGGCCCGGGCUGCACAGAGCAUGCAAUGCCCAGAAAGAGCGGAGACAGAGGCAGGGGCAUAACCCUGGCCUGCUGAUGGACAGUGUGGGCAUGGGCACAUGGCCAAGGGCUAGAUGUUUACACUAACAGGACUUACAGGGCUGCAGGGGCUUGAAGGUGGAGGGUGUUGUAGAAACCGCUCUGUGUUUCGUAGGUAUACACUACUUGAAACAAAUGGGUUUAAAGAGCAAUAUGACAUUUGAGAAUUAGUCUUCCUUAGAGUUUAGAAUUUGAAAGUAUGUGUCACUGUGUCUGUGUUGUGAUGUAGCCUUCUUCCUAUUUUGAUUGUGAAUCUGUCCCCUUUCUUUGACCCCUGUUUGAACAUUUCUACUUUAGAAACUGACGUCAAAUGGCAGUAGACCGGUGAUGGAUAUACUGUAAUUUGCCUUGACUAUUUUUGCUACAAAAUGUAAUGUUUUUAAUUGUAGACAUUGUGCAGUAAGACACUAUCUAUAUAUGGUUUUGAUGAUUUAAAAAAAUAUAUUGUCCAAAGAUUUAUUUGAGAAAUACUCUAAUUGCAAUUCAGAAAUUGAUAUUUGAUGAACAUUUUAACAUUUUAUUAUACAGCAUUCUAACAUUCAGUUUAACUUGUUAGGUUCCAAUUUUGUGUAAAUAACUCACGGACACUAGAGAAGCUUAACCAAGUUUAAUUCUUCCCAAAGAGUCAUUACAGCUAUAAUUCAGACCGAAACUCUUUUCACACAAACACGGAUAUUUAACCCUUUCUCCUAGGCUGAGUCUCCUUUGCACCUGAACAGCCAAUGCAUCUCUGUUGUUAGACAGAACUUUAGUGAUAUCUGUUCUUCCUCACUUCAUCUAACCUGACCUCUACCCCAAAGUGCUCACUCCUCCCCAACUCCAUGGCUGUCAUGGUUAUUGAUACCAGAUGGUGUCUCUUCUCCACCCAGAGGAUCCCUGAUGGCUAAAAAUAACAUAUCCUGACAUAAUUAUACAUCACCCUCUUUCCCUCCGUGACAUUGUUAGGUUCUAAGCUCUCCACCCGUCUCCCCUACACAUUCCCAAAGCCAUCUAACUCCUACAGAUAACCAUUCACUUCUGAUGUAAAAACCAGUCUCUAUCAUCUCUCAGAUACCAUACUUCUGAUCUAUCAUGUCUCUAGUAUAGCAAUGUUAAAAGUUUACCCAGAAUCGAACAAACUAAAUCUGAGUACUGAGAAAGCAGUUAUGAUAUAAAUGUAUGUACUUUAUUGCUGACACUUAAAAUUAAAGGAGUAUUUUACAUA